GAGAGUCAAAAUUACAAUUGAACAUCUCCACUCUUUUUAUUUUUAUUUUGCUUUUUCUCUCACGGAGUAUCUUUUAUUCUUUUCGGACCCCCAAUAGCCCCUCUCUCUCUCUCUCUCUCGUACAUCCAUUUACAAACCCUGCACUCAUAUCUAUACAUAUAUCUCUAUAUCAUUCAUGCUGUCACAUAUUCCAAUAUUUCUUACUUUAAUCUUUCUAUCUUCUUGGUUGCUGUUGAACAAGAUAAAGUCAUAAAGGGUUCUUUUGAUCGAUUUCGACAUGGAUGAAGAGAUUGUUGCGGAGAUCAGUUGGGAUGUUGAAGGAGAUGAUUUGAGGGGUGUUGAUCUAGCGGAUAAAGAUGUUAGCGAUGAAGAUAUUGAAGCAGAAGAGUUGGAGAAACGUAUGUGGAAAGACCGUAUUAAGCUUAAUAGGAUCAAAGAAAGACAGAGACUUGCAGCUCUACGGGCAGCGGAGCAGCAAAAGACUAGGCAGAUUACUGAUCAGGCUCGGCGGAAGAAAAUGGCAAGAGCUCAAGAUGGGAUUCUGAAGUAUAUGUUAAAGCUUAUGGAGGUUUGCAAAGCUCGUGGGUUUGUGUAUGGGAUUAUACCUGAGAAGGGUAAAGCUGUCAGUGGAGCUUCAGAUAAUAUUAGGGCUUGGUGGAAAGAAAAGGUCAAGUUCGAUAAGAAUGGACCUGCUGCUAUACUGAAGUAUGAAGCAGAGUGUUUUGCAAAAGGUGAGGGUAUAGGCUAUUUAAAUGGAAACAACCAGAGUUCUCUGAAAGACUUGCAAGAUGCAACUUUGGGCUCUCUUUUGUCUUCUUUGAUGCAGCAUUGUGAUCCACCUCAGAGAAAAUAUCCACUAGAGAAGGGCAUUCCACCACCAUGGUGGCCAUCUGGAAAUGAAGACUGGUGGCUAAGAUUAGGACUAUCGAAGGGUCAGGGUCCCCCCUAUAAGAAGCCUCAUGAUCUGAAAAAGAUGUGGAAAGUGGCAGUGCUCACUUCUGUGAUAAAGCACAUGUCACCUAAUUUUGCCAAGAUCAAGAGGCUGAUUAGGCAGUCAAAAUGUUUGCAGGAUAAGAUGACUGCUAAGGAGAGCUCAAUUUGGUUGGGGGUGUUGGGCAGAGAGGAAGCCCUUGUGCACCAGCUUACUAGUGAGAAUGGGGGAUCUGGUAUCACCGACUCUGUGUCCGGAGGUCGUAAUCAGAAGGACAGAUUGUCCGACAGUAGUGACAGUGAAUAUGAUGUUGAUGGUGUUCAAGAUCGUGUACGGUCUGUUUCUUCUAAGGAUGGAUGUAGAGUUAAAGAGAUGACUGUGGAACCAUCUGUUCCUUCUAAUAAAAUAGGUCCACAGCUUCAGAAUAAAGAGAAAGGAAAGAAAGCAAACAAAGCAGAGGUGCAGCAGCAUAAGAGACAGAAGCAGUGUGUUGAGACUAAUGUUGUUGAACAACAGGCUGCGAGAGUUGUCACUGAGCAUCGUGAUGAGAUCCGGAGCACUAUACAUGAUAUAAACCGAUCUGAUGCACAGUUAUAUGCAUAUAACAUGCCUGCUGGUCAACGGGAAAGUGAUGCAUUAUUGUCGGUUAAUGAUAAAGAUGCACACAGACAUUUUGAGAUGCCAGCGCCGGGGUUGAAUACUAACAAUUAUUUUGUUAAUGUUUCUGCCAAUGUAAUUUCACCAAGCUCCUUUUCAGGCGAGAGGUCUUUUCUGUACCCGGUGAUGGGCAAUAUGCUCUAUGAUCAUAGGUUCACUCAAGGACCUCAAGAGUCUGGAUUGGCUGUAGUACAUCAGUCUAGCUUGCCUCAUGGGUCUGGGAAUUAUGGUUUGCAUUUUGGCUCUCAUGAUCCUGGUUUGCAUCAUGUACCUGAUAAUGGUUUAUUACAUCAAGAUCGUCCUUAUGAUUUUCAAAAUACGUCAGUACAAUUUGCUGCUAGACAUGAUGAACAGCGAUCUCAGGUGACUAACAAUGAUAUCCGGAUGAAACCAAAUAGUUCUGCACUCCAUUUACCAGUUUCUCAUGAAUAUGGAGGUGCAUCAGAUGGACAUCAUAGUGGCAAUCAUGUUCCAGAUAAGUUUCACAAUGAGCAAGCUCCUACUGUCCCGAGCGAUUUUGAGUUUCACAAUGAGCAAGCUCCUACCGUCCCGAGCGAUUUUGAACCUCCACUCGGUGAUAUACCAAUGGAUGAUUUGCCAGAGUUGGACAGUCCGUUUAAUCUUGAAUUUGGAGACCUGAGUUCACUAGACCAGGACUUUUGGCAAGAAGGUGGUCAAAUGCAAUACUUUGGGUCCUAACUGCUGGAGCUGCUACAAAAAAUAAUCAGAUUCUGUAUGAUUUUCCGAAAGCCUUUAAACAAUCCCCCUCCCACCUCCCUCCCUCAGAUUUGAGUACAAAUUAUUUACUUUAGUUAUUACUUAAUAUGCAUGCUUCAGGGAGUUGAAAGAAUGAUGGGAUCAUUUGACAAGAAUUAUCUUUCUUUGUAGUUUUGUUAAUCUGGCGCCGUCAUUGUCAUCCGUGGACGGAUAGACUGUAAAAUUAUUAUGGUUUAUGCUACUCUUGAGAUGGUGGGAGCUGAUAAUGUAGGCAAUUUGUUUUCCUAGACAUUGAAAUAAUGGAGGAACAUUUUACAUUUCUCAGUAGCAAAUUCAUGGCUUUGUGUG